CUUCACAAUUAACAACUCUCUCUCUCUCUCUCUCUCUCUCGUCUUUCUCGCUCUUCACCCACCCCCCCAAAUCCCGAGAAGCGUCCGAUCCCGAUCGCUCCUCCGCCCUCGGAUCGAUCACCGCCGUCCAAGGCCCCUCCUCGUCGGAGAUCGGCGACAGAAAAAUUGAGAUCAAAUAGGGGUUUUGAGGGGUUACUUGGAGGGUUAAAGUUGUGGCUUUUGUUCACGGGACCGGAUAUUGUCAAUGGCGGAGAGGGGUUGUGUUAAGCGCCUUCAAAGGGAGUAUCAUGCCCUAUGUAAGGAGCCGCCACCUCAAAUUGUUGCUCGUCCUUCUCCUAGUGAUAUUCUUGAUUGGCAUUUUGUUCUUGAAGGAAGUGAGGGCACACCAUUUGCAGGUGGGUAUUACUAUGGAAAACUUAAAUUUCCACCCGAUUAUCCAUUCAAACCUCCCAGUAUCAGUAUGAUUACUCCCAAUGGACGAUUUGCCCCUCACAAGAAAAUAUGUUUAUCAAUGAGUGAUUUUCAUCCGGAGUCUUGGAAUCCAAUGUGGUCUGUAUCAAGCAUUCUCACGGGACUUCUGUCCUUCAUGAUGGAUGAUGGUCAGACCACUGGUAGCAUUAGGACAUCAGAUGAUGAGAAGCGGCGAUUAGCUAAGGAUUCACUUGCUUACAACUGUGAGAGCAAAAACUGCCCGAACUUCAAGAAGCUGUUCCCGGAAUACGUAGAGAAGUACAGAGAACAACAGGUGCCAGAUCACCAUCCCAUGCCACCGCCGGUGCUUCCGGAGAAUGCGGCACCCCCUCCUCCCCCCGCAGUCGUGCGAGCUCCGGUGGUUGCGGACGAAGAUAGGCGAGUACUAAACAACAAUAACGCUGGCAAGAGGAGGCAGAAAACGCAAGUGCCCUUUUGGCUUCUGCUUCUGUUGAUAUCGGUGUUCGGCGUGGUAAUGGCCUUGCCCCUGCUGCAACUCUGAUAAUGCCCUCUGCCCUCCGCCCUCCGGAUAGUAAUAUCUUAACGGCGGGGAGAACGUUUUUCAGUACAAAAUUACGGAUCCCUAGAUUUGUCUACCUGCAGAAUUUUGUAUAGUUAGUUCGUUCUGGAGUGGUCGAACCUUGUGCUCGCCUUCGUUGGGUUUGUAUCUCAUCUUGACGAACUCAGAUGAAAUAUGUCAACCGCCUUCCUUAAUCUUUCGUCUCUCCGAUUAGCUGCAUGAUGGAACUGCUUUUUUGUCGACUUUUCUUCGAGUAUCGUUACUAGUGCCUUCAUAUUGAGUUGUCAAGAUCUAUCAACUACCUCAUUAAGAAUGCUGUAAUUCAAAUUUGUUCAGAUUGGGUAAUUAUGAAUUGCGGAGUGCGAAGCCCUUGCAGUUA